UUUUGAUUGGUGAAAUGUCGGUCAAUAGGCUGUGCAUUGGUCAUUUUGAAAAUGAAAAACCGGCUUCUAUUAUAAUCCGUGUGGCGAUACAUUUUUGAACGAAACUUUAGUUUCUUUAGUAUUUAUUUAACGAUACAUCUAUAAAAAUAAUGACGGAAACACAACAGAAAGUUAAAUGUAUAACCCUGAAAGGCUCCGCAGAAUUGGUUAAGGAAUAUCUCCUUUACGGCGUGAAUAGCAUUUUAUAUCAAAGAGGCAUCUAUCCUCCGGAAACGUUUGAACCUGCUGAACAUUUUGGUUUGUUUGUUUUAAUGUCUACGGAUGACAAAAUUAAAGGAUUCCUGGAUACCGUUCUGGGUCAGAUUCAAGAGUGGUUGACUCAACGAAAAGUACAAAAAAUAACUCUUGUUAUAACGAACGUGAAUACCAAAGAAGUAUUGGAGAAAUGGGAUUUCAAAGUUGAUUACGAAGAUCAACCUUCCAAUGGACUAAAGAAUAGUACAAGCAAUGGCCUUCCCGAGGUUGGGACAAAAGAUCCAAAAACCAUACAGAAAGAAAUACGUGAAGUGAUACGUCAAAUUACGGGAACAGUCAGUUUUCUCCCAUUAUUGGACUGCUUAUGCUCCUUCGAUAUCUUGACAUACACCGUACCCGACUGUGGGAUUCCACAACAAUGGGAUGAAACUCAACCAGUGUUUAUCGCUAAUAGUCAAGAAGUUCAAUUAAGAUCCUUCUCCACUUCUAUUCAUAAAAUGGAAACCAUAGUUAGCUAUAAGAAUAUAUAGGAUUAAGUCUUUCACCUUGCAGUUGUCGAAACUUUAAUACACUGCAAUUCAACCGAUUUCAAUAUUUAAUGUCGAAGACUGCUAUUUAAAUCUUAUCCGGUACGCGAACGAUCGCUGCUAAUGGUCGCGUUAUUUUUAAGAGUUUGCACAUAUGCAUUGAAGCUAUAUUAUACCAUUGUUUAAGGAGAGU